AUGGACUUUGAAACAACAUACAAGAUGAAUUUUAACCGUUACAAUGUAAAGCCUGUGCCAUUAAUGCGUCCAGUGGAAAGGCAACAGGAUGUUGGAAAGUUUUGUGGAACUCCUACAUAUAAAAGUAAAUAUAAUUAUCUUUAAAUGGACACUCUUGGCUGUAGUUGAUUAACAUUUUCUUAAUGCAUUACAGUGAUAAUGAAAUAAGUAAAAGCAAAAAUGUAAUUCAACAUCCUAAAAAUAAAAAUUAAGAAAAUUCUCAUUUUGAUUUUAAUGUUCCGGCAUUUGUUCACAUUAAGCGUCGUUCAUAAAAAACAACAAUCAAACUAUUUCUCAAGGACCUAGGAGCAAAUAAAUCAGUUUUUGUACUUUACGAAUGAAAAUAGACGUAAAAUAGUUAUGUCUGACACAGGCUGUACCGUUUUCCACUAAAAGCUGUGUAGCAUGUGGCAGACUGAGCCGCAAGUAGCUUCAUUAAUGAAAAGUAACAAUUCAUUCAUUUUUGCAAGGUAAUAUAAGAUGCACUACUUAUUUUCCCAUUUUAUUUCCAGAUGUAUCUUACAAAACAAGUUAUCAAAGUGGUUUUUAUUAAAUUAUUUAUGUUAUCUUUGUGUUGCAGAUAUUGUAAGUCUAUGCACUGUAUUAAUUUUCAGUAUAAUGUAAAGAGAAUCUCUGAGCACAACAAAAACUCUACUGGAAUGAAGUAUGGUAUGGUGCUUAGAGGACCCAGGUGCCAGCUUACCUUUAGGGGUUAAACCAGGCUUCCCCAAACUCCGUCCCUCCAGAUGUUGCUGAACUACAACUCCCAUGAUUCUAUGAAUGAAAUAGAUGGGCUGAGAAUCAUGGGAGUUAUAGUUCAGCAACAUCUGGAGGAUCGGAAUUUGGGGAAGCCUGGUUUAAACAGUUAAUGAAUGGUAUAGCCCCAUUCUGCUGCUCUCAGAUUCCUCAAACUGGAAGCCUUGGAUUGCAGCAGACAGGGGUGCCACUGAUUGGCUUAAAGAGCCAACUGAUGGUCCCAGUCAAUCAGUAGCUCCCCAUUCACAAAUCAGCUUACAGCUUAAUACACAUACGUGUUUCCUUCAAAUUCACAACAAAACGUAAUAUAAAAAUUCAUAGAUGAUCAGAAUUUCUGCUUAUUAGAAAUAUAUUAUGAUAGGAGGUGACAAGCCAUGAUGUACCUCUAUUGAUUAUAGAUUUAUGUUUUUGUUUGUUGGUUUUAGGCGAUUUCAAACAAUGGGAUAUCCAAAAAAGAGAACUUAUUAAACAACCCAAUAUUUACCAGCCCCCGGUCCUGAAGUUUAGUCAUUCAACUACUUCCCAGAAUGAUUAUUAUCUUAAGAAGCUUACGUUGAAUAAUAGCUUCAAGCCUGAAGACAAAACAAAACGUUCCAGCCUCCCUUUCGAUCAUACCACCAGCUAUAGCAUUUCCUAUGUACCUCACAAAUUAGUGCCUAAGUUUGAAACACAAAUAGAGGAGUAUAAGCCUAGUGGCCAACGCUUUGAGCAUCAGACGACACAUCGUCUCACUUACAAGGGUGCACUGGGUGAGAAAGCAAAAAUCUUUAAACCAGAGCAAACGACAGUUACCAACAAUGACAAAUUUGAGGGUACCUCUGAGACCAAAGACAGCUUUCUGCCACAGUUGCUGCCAUCUGGUCAUGAUGUUAAGACUGAGGAGGAUAAGCCAACUACCUCUAUACACAAAGACAACUUUCUGCCAAAGUUGCUUCCAUUUUGUCAUCUUGUUAAGACUGAGGAGGAUAAGCCAACUAAUGCUCCAACGGAAUUAGAGAGUACAGUGCCCUCAGAUUAUGUUCCAAGCCAGCUAAAUUUUGUGAAACCAGAGUCUCCUGCAAAAGGAAGCAAAGCAUCCAUCAAAGGAAAUUGCAACACGAAAGAUCUUAAAUCCGGAAAAGGCCAAGAACGCAAGAAGAGCAUUCAUCUUCCAAAGAUAAGUACAACAUUUAAUGGAUUAACAACAUCCCAAACAUACUUUAAACUUCAACAACAAGAUAAAUAA